AUGGAGGUCAUGAUGAACGCCCUCAAGGGGCGAGUAUCUUCUGAUCUCGACGAUUUAGUGAACAGGACCGACUCACCAUUCAUUGCGCCCGUCAACUCAUUCCCCCUGCCACAAAAGUUCCGGAUGCCGCAGAUCGAAAGUUACGACGGGGUCAAGGAUCCACUCGAUCAUCUAGAGACCUUCAAGACCCUGAUGCACCUUCAGGGCGUACCAAACGAGAUCAUGUGCAGGGCGUUCCCGACCACGCUAAAGGGGCCUGCGAGGGUCUGGUUCAGUAGGUUGACACCAAACUCCAUCAAUACUUUCAAGGAGUUGAGCACCCUGUUCACCUCACAUUUUAUAGGCAGACAUCGGUACAAAAAGUCCACCGCUUGCUUAAUGAACAUCAAGCAGCGAGAAGACGAGACGCUGCGAGCCUACAUAACUCGUUUCAACAAAGAAGCCCUUUCGAUUGACGAAGCUGACGAUAAAAUACUCGUAGCCGCAUUCACUAGCGGGCUACGGAAGGGUAAGUUCUUGUUUUCCUUAUACAAGAAUGACCCAAAAACCAUGACGGACGUCCUCUACCGGGCUACCAAGUACAUGAAUGCAGAAGAUGCGCUGCUGGCCCGCGAGAAAAAGCCUAAGAAGAGGGAAAGGCAGGAAGAAACGAGACAAGACAGGGGGCGAAAGGUCGCUAAAAUCGGGGAUCGACGUGAUGAAAAGCGCUCCAGACCACCCACUGGAAGGUUCACCAAUUUCACCUCGUUAGCCGCUCCAAUCGACCAAGUUUUAAUGCAAAUCAAAGAUGAAGGAGCAUUGACUUUCCCUGGAAAGUUGAAAGGAGACCCCAACAAAAGACCGAGAGACAAGCAGGGGAACCUACAGAGGUUUGUCAGCAGGGAAAAAACUGAUACGCCGGAAGAGCAGGCUCCACGAAGGGAGAACGAUCGCCCUAGACCACCCAUAGGAGACAUACGAAUGAUCGUAGGGGGCACAACUGCAGCCGGAUCUUCCAAGAAAGCCCGCAAAACCUACCUCAAGAUGGUCCAUAGCGUCCAACUCACAGGAUCAGUACCAAAGAUGCCACGGAUAGAUAACCCCGUCAUAAACUUUUCAGAGGAUGACGCUCUGAGACUUCACCAUCCUUAUGACGACGCGCUAGUAGUCAGCCUGCAGAUUGGGGAUUAUAAUAUCCACCGGGUCCUCGUCGACAACGGCAGCUCAGUAGACAUCCUGUACUAUCCAGCAUUCCAGUAG